CUGAGGAGGAAAUAUAGGACAACAGGAGGAGGAGGAGGAGGAAGAGGAAGAGGAAGAGGAGGAGGGUCUGCAGUUAUCAUAAAGAGACCAACAGAGAGCUGCAGCAGAUUGAGCUGCAUCGUCUGCAUCUCAUCACCAGCCUCCAGUCAUCUCUGAGCUCCAGGAGGAUGGAGAGGCUGCAGCGGCUCAGCCUGCCCGGAGCGUGAGGACCCUUCCCGGGCUGCGUGUGUCCUCGUCCUCCCCUCUCCUCUGAUCCUCCAUCUGUCUCUCUGUCUGCAGCGUCUGUCCUCGUCAGCUGGAGACAUGGACGGCCUGCGUCUGCCACCCGUCAUCGAGGAGGUCCUCGACCCAUCCGACGAGCUGAGCGAGAUGAAGGUGGAGAAGAAGCCCAUUAUGCUGGCAGAGACUCUGACGGCCAAAGAGAGGGAGUCCCUGGAGGAGAAGGAGGAGACGCUUCUUGGAGACGGAGAGAAAGGCCAGCAGGAGGAGGAAAAGGAGGUGACGGAGGAGAAGCAGGAGGAAGAGCAAGGAGGAGGAGGAGAAGGAGAAGGAGAGAAGGAUGAAGAGGAGGAGCUGGAGGAGCUGAGAGCUCAGGUGUUCCAGCUGCUGCUGGAGCUGGACGAGACCAGAGAGGUUUCCCAGAGACACCUGGACAGUUUCCUGGAGCUGCAGGGUCUGUUAGAGGACGAGCGACUGGCGAGCGCUCAUCAGGCCGAGAGUUUCACCAGACAGAUCCAGAGACUGCAAGCUCAGCUGCGGUCGGUCCAGGAGGAGAUGGACAGUCUGGAGGAGGAGAAGGAGAGUGAACUGGAGGAGGUGCACGAGGAGCUCCGUGCGUCUCAGGAGGAGGUGCUGUUGCUGCAGCAGGCGGCGGACGAGGCGGCGGCGGAGAGGGAGAACGACAUCGCCUCCCUGCAGGAGGAGCUGUGUCGGCUGAGAGCCGAGCUGCAGCGUCUCCACGCCACGGCGCAGGAGUACGAGAUGGAGAUCACCACGCUGAGGGCCGAGAUCAGCAUGAAGAGACACACAGGUGAGGUCGUUCAGCUGAAGGAUGAGUUUGUCUCUCUGACAGAUGAACGUCAGUUUCUAAACAACGACAACAAAGAUCUGAACAACAAAGUAGAGCAACUGCAGCAGCAACGAGACACCAGGCGUGAUGAUGCGUACCUGGCGGUCACUGAGCGUGAGCAGGUGAAGGCGGACUCUUACAUCACCCUGUCUCAGUCCGGUCCUGAACACCAGGUCCAGGACCGACCCCCGGAGGAUCCGGACUCCUCGUCAGAGUUCAACGUCCUGAAGGUCCAACUGAGACGAGCCGAGGAGACGGCUCACAGAGUCCAGACGGAGUGUGACGGUCUGAAGGGCGAGCUGGUCGACCUGCAGCAGCUGUACGACGGUAGCCAGCGAGAGCGAGCGGCGCUCCAACAGGAGCUGCAGCGCUGCAAGGCCGACCUACAGAAGCUGGUGGGCAGGAAGUCACAGAACUGCACUGGUCCGUCUGAGCCCCCUGUUCUCUCCAUCCCCUUCAUAGGAAUGAUUGUUAUAGUGGCCUUGAUUUGGUGCUGGUGGGAGGAGCUGGCGUCCUAGAGGGGACCAGCAGAGCGUCGCUGAAGGCUGGAACCUGGUGGUGGCAGCGGUUGCCGUGGCAGCCAUUGUAGUUCUGGUCGUCCCCAGCUUCACCAGGGCCUGAGGACUACACAGGAAGUGACCUCUACUAGGAACUCUGGGAUUGUUGGAUUACCUUCACCCAUCGGGCGCCGCCCUCAUACAUGUUGCUGUCCUGAUGUCUGCUUGUCGCAUCGCCGAGACGUUUUCACCUGAAGGCCACAGACGUCCGUGAGUUGUGGCGGGAAAAGCAAUAAAGACUCGUAACUCUUCCUGCAGGGCGUCGCUGUGCAGAAGGUCAGCUGGUUGAUUUAUUAAUCGGCUGGGAGGUUUUCAAUCAUCCACCAUCAAGAUCCAAGAGUCUAACUGGAAGUCCUCAUUUUGCAUUAUUUUAAAGGUUCUCCAUUGUUUUAAAAAUUAACCAGAAGUGGAUGAAAACCUGGUUUUCUGCUGGAUUUUAUGUCAAAGAGCUGUUCUGUUUACGGCUGUUAGAGGAAACUGAUCAGCUCAGUCAGUGGUAGAAGAAGUAUUCUGAUCCUUUACUUUAAUAAAUCCAGUAAUACCACUAAUAACUAAUUAAAUACUAUUUUAAUGUAAAAGUCUUGUUUUCAAAAAUGUUAGAUGAGUAAUAGAAUAGAAAAAUAAAGUACCUCCAGAUUGUACUGUACUUGAGUAAAUGUUCUGGGGUCCCGUAGUGUUGAAUCCUCAAAGUGAUUUUA